ACCGACUCGGAAUCACGUGACAGUCACGUGUUGCAGUGCUUUAUCAGCAGUAGUGCAGUAGCGCUCCUAAGAUUUAGCGCACUGGGGAGGCUUUUAACGUCUGUGUUUUAAAACAGUCCAUCAACAAAACGUUUCACACGUCCGAGGCGCUGGCCACUUUGACAAUGCAACGGUGGAGUAGCGUGGCUUUGCGUCCGGUGGAAAUACGAGACUGACUGAACGUUGCAGACUGAAACAGGGCAUUGUGUGUGUGUGUGUGUGUUUGUUUUUGUUUGUUUGUUUGUUUGUUUGUUUGUUUGUGUGUGUUGCCAGGUUGCUCCAAAGAAGUCACCCUUUGUGUGUGUCAGGUGUGUUUUGUGUGUGUGUGUGUGAGAUCCAGGACUCAUGUCUAUGGCGAUGUUUGGUGUCCAUGGUAAAAUCUCCUGAGUGUUCCUUUAGGCCUUGCCCCACUGCAGACAGGACUGAGCACCUGCUCUCUCUGCUUUGGCCACAGCCAUCACUCGGCACCUUUAGUCUGUCUGUGUGUGUGUGUGUGUGUGUGUGUGAGUGUGGGGGGGGUCAAUCAUGUCUCGAGCAGACAUGGCAGUGAACAGCGAAGCAGGUGAUUGGCGGCUGAGCGAUGAUGCUGGUGAGAGAGCCAGGCUUCUCCAGAGCCCCAGUGUAGACACAGAAAUGCCGCCCAUCCAAUCACAGCAGAGCAGGGGCGGGACCUCUUCGGUAGCGGCCAUCUUCAUUGUGGUGAAUGCUGCGCUGGGGGCGGGGCUUCUCAACUUCCCUGCCGCCUUCAAUAUGGCUGGAGGAAUAACUGUUGGACUGGUCAUGCAGAUGUGCAUGCAGGUGUUCAUAAUCAGUGGGCUUGUCAUCCUGGCGUACUGCUCAAAAGUGAGUAAUGAGGGCACGUAUCAGGAGGUGGUGCGGGCCGUGUGUGGGCGUGUCGUUGGGGUAGUGUGUGAGGUCGCCACCGCCGUCUACACCUUUGGGACCUGCAUAGCCUUCCUCAUCAUCAUUGGGGACCAGCUAGAGAAGCUGAUUGGUGGUAUGGCGAAGGAGUCUGAGGCUGUGGUGAAUGCUCACUGGUACACUAACCGGAAGUUCACCAUCACCAUAACAUCAGUGCUGGUCAUCCUGCCCCUGUCCAUCCCCAAAGAAAUUGGCUUCCAGAAAUACGCCAGCGCCCUGAGUGUGAUUGGCACCUGGUACGUGACCACCGUGGUCAUCAUUAAAUACUUCUGGCCUGAUAAGGAGGUGACCCCAGGAUACAUCCCUACCAGGCCGUCAUCCUGGACAGCGGUGUUUAAUGCACUACCCACCAUCUGCUUUGGCUUCCAGUGCCACAUCAGCAGUGUUCCUGUAUUUAACAGCAUGAGGAGGCGGGACCUCGGGCCCUGGGGGGGCGUGGUCACAGCUGGCAUGAUCAUCUGCCUCUUUGUCUAUACAGGCACAGGUGUGUGUGGCUUCCUGUCAUUCGGCUCAAAUGUCAAUCAGGACGUGCUAAUGUCAUACCCUUCUAAUGACAUCGCCGUGGCAAUCGCCCGAGCUUUCAUCGUCGUCUGUGUGGUCACUUCCUACCCCAUUCUGCACUUCUGUGGCAGGGCAGUGCUGGAGGGCCUAUGGCUGCGUUUCCGUGGCGAGCAGGUGGAGGUGGAUGUAGUUCGAGAGCGGAGGCGGCGUCUGCUGCAGACCGUCGUUUGGUUUUUCCUCACCCUCAUCCUGGCCCUCUUCAUCCCCGACAUCGGCCGCGUCAUCUCCCUCAUCGGAGGCCUCGCCGCCUGCUUCAUCUUCGUCUUCCCAGGUCUGUGUCUGAUUCAGGCUAAGCUGUCUGAAACUGAUGUGAGAUCAGCCAGUUGGAAUGCCUUGGUGGCUUACGGUAUCGUCAUGGUUACCAUCGGAGCCUUCAUCUUUGGACAAACCACUACUAAUUCCAUCUAUCAGGACAUCAUCAACCAUUCUGACGGCUCAUUGGCUGAAAAGCACUGACCUCAUCAACAUGCUGAUUUACUGAAGAAACAGCAACUUAAGGACUGGUCCAAUCAAAAGCAAGAAGAUAGGAGGAUAGCCUCAGCAGACUGCUGUCACACACACACACACACACAACCUGCAUGCAGCAUGCCUCCCUUUGUCGAAUGUCUCACUAAUGAAACACACACACACACACACACUACUGAAGGAGACUAACAACAUCAUCGGUAACAUUUUUAAUUGUCAACAACACAAUUGGCUUGAUUUUAAUGUUUUAUGUAUUUUAAAGCAAAUUUUUAAGCAAUGCCUGAAAGUUCAAACAUUACUAUGGAAUCCUUUUAGGAAUCACACACACGCCUUGGGAGCUUUUCCAGUUUUAACAUGACCUUUUGACCUCAGGAGUGCCACUGACCCAACACCCAUCUGGUGUGUGUAUGACCCUGAGUGCCUACCACAGGACUGCCCAGUCAUCACACACUUCACCUUUGAACCCAUUUGUGUGUUUUGUUGUUGUUGUAGUAUAAAUGCAGUAUUUGGGGCCAAUGGGAGAAGUGGGGUGUGUUUGUUUUAACGGACUGAAUCAUGUGUUUGUGACAUGGUUUUUAAACAGUGGUUUCUAUGGGGCUUUCAUUUUAUCAAAGGGAUUCUGUCUUCAGGGGCAUGUCUGGUUACCAUGGUAACUGAUUAUUCUGUAAUAAUGAGAUGAAUGGUGAUGACUCAGUUCAGCAUUCUAACGCUAGUCAGUGGAAGGGAUCCUUCUGCUUCCUGUAGCCUAGUAGCGAUUACUAGCUACUGUACCUAGCCCACUGCUGAAGGGGUUGAAUGACUUCAACUUCAUUACAAAAGAUGUGUAAUAGGCUUGACUGUUCAAUCAGAGCAACGCUCCUGAACCACUGGCCCAAAACUCAACUGAAGUCCACAGGGUUAUGCUGAACAUCUUUUUGGUUGGUUGUGUUUUGAUGAAUGUUUGUCUGCACUUUGCCUUAUCUAACUGGAAAAGGUUGUAAUUACACACCAGUUUGUUUUCCUCCUGCUUUUGAAAGGAGGCUCAAAUCAUUGAAACCGCGCGCUCACCUACAUCAAUCACAUUGUUGAUCCACAGAACGCUAAUGCAUUUUUUUUAUGUGUAUGGAAAUCAGUAUUGGUGUGUGGGAGUUUACAGUUUCUAUGGGAAAUCAAAUACAUUUUUGGGGUUGGGUGAUUUUGAAAGAAUAAAAAGAAAAACCUGACGCCCAA